AUGAAGGCAGAGGUCGUGCUGCUCUACUUCACACUGUCACAUUUUGGAAGAGCUGCUUUUCCCUUUGAGCCUAGCCCAAUCACUGUUGUGGAGGAGAAGUAUACAAAAAUAUAUCCAGUGUAUGUAGGUGUCACAGAAAGGGACAUAAUAAGCAUACAUCAGCUACUGAUACUGGACAGAAGUCUUUACAUUGGUACAAGUGAACAUAUCCUUCAUAUUGACCUGGACAAAUCAUUUACAGAUUAUAUGACUGAUAGAAAAUCAGCGGUAUGGAGAUCCAGUGAGGCUGAUGAAGAGGCAUGCAAGAUAAAGGGUCGACCAGAGCUGGAAUGUCGGAACUUUAUUAAGGUUCUCUUAAAAAGAAAUGAUGAUACAUUAUUUGCUUGUGGGACAAAUGCCUACAAUCCCAUCUGCAGGCAUUAUAAGGUGGAUACUCUGGAGCCCGAAGGAGAUGACAUAAAAGGUGCUGGCAGGUGCCCUUAUGAUAGAAAGGAUAACAAUGUUGCAUUAUUUGCAGAUGACAAUCUAUAUUCUGCCACUGUGCGAGACUUCUUUAGGAAAGAUAUACUCAUUUAUCGGAGCCUUGGAGACAAACCAAAACUGCGGACAGUCUGGGCUGAUUCAAGGUGGUUGAAAGAACCUUCCUUUGUCCAUGCGAUCAAUUAUGGCAUCUAUAUCUACUUCUUCUUUCAAGAAGUCUCAGUAGAAUACUAUGGUGUGGAAAAGAUAGUUGUGUCCAGAGUAGCUCGAGUUUGUAAGAAUGACAUGGGUGGAAAUAUAGCCAUGCUUGAGAAAGAAUGGACUUCCUUCCUGAAGGCACGACUGGUCUGUGCAGUUCCUGGUGACACACCCUUCCACUUUAACAUCUUAAGCUCAGUUACAGAUGUUUUCCGUCUUGGUGACCAGGAUAUUGUCUUAACAACUUUCACCACACCUAAAAACAGCAUCCCUGGGUCUGCUAUCUGCGCCUUUCGUAUGGAUGACAUUGACAAGGCAUUUGCGGGAAGAUUCAAAGAACAGAAGUCUGCGGUUUCAAUAUGGACAACAGUUCCUGAUUAUGAAGUGCCCACACCCAGGCCAGGUUCCUGUGCUGGCUCUGAAUCUUUUGUAGAUUAUGCAUCCUCCAAUGAUCUUCCAGCUAAUGUACUAAAGUUCCUUAGAACACAUGUGCUCAUGGCUGAAUCAGUAGAGCCAAUUGGCCAUAAACCAUGGUUUACGAUGACAGUCGCAACGAGAGACACCAUGGUGAAAAUUGCUGUAGAUAAUACUGCGGGACCAAAUGGAGAUCAUACUGUUGUUUUCAUUGGAUCAGAAAAUGGAUGGGUGUUGAAGUUCUUGGUCCAGAGUAAUGGCAAUGGUUUUCUAGAAAGGAGCAUUUUCCUAGAGAUGAUGAACAUUUACAAUUAUGAGAGGUGCAGGUAUAAUGGAGACAUGGGAAUCAAACGUGUCACGGACUUGCAGAUAGACAAGAAAGGUGGUGCCCUUUAUGUAGCAUUCACACACUGUGUGAUAAAGGUCCCCCUGGGAAGUUGUGAGCGUCAUGGCCCGUGCAAAAAGGCCUGCAUAGCUUCUAGAGACCCAUAUUGUGGGUGGGCAAAUGAGGCAUGCAUACAUCUCUCACCUGGAAUUUCAGUUGGAUAUGAGCAGGACGUAGAGAAUGGUGAUACAGAUGGCCUGGAUGACUGCUAA